UUCUGGCUGAUGUCACUUUCCACAGUCACAUGACCUGCAGCGAGUCACGUGAUCGGGGCUCCAUUCUCGCCAUUUUGAGUCCAGAGUGGAGCACUUUUACACCACAGGAAUAAAAAAAGCAGCGCAUCACGAGCUCCGAGGCCAAAGAUCAGACAGACCUGCCGCAUCAGAAUGGAGGACAGCAGUGGAGUUGCUGUCCUUGUGCCUCACUCUAGAGGCCAGCAGGAUACCGUCUUCAUUCCCGACAGACGUCUUCAUGGUGCCGAGGACCAGCAACGACAGCAGCAAAAGCAGGCUGCAGACUCUCUUAUUCAGGUCAUUGAGAAGCUCAGCAAGAUCGUGGAAAAGCGACCCAGACGAUGCACCGUCUCUGGGAAAAAGAGACCCUUGAUGACCUGUGCUUCUGUUCCCGUACCAGACAGCACUGAAGUGGUCACACCUUGUAAGAGAUCCAGAGAACAAAGGGAUGACCGCCCAACAUCCAGCAGCAAACCUGGGCAUGCGUUCGAACAGGAGCCUUUGAGUUUAGGCACUCGGACGGUCACAUGCUACCAGUGCAGCAUGUGCAGAUUUAUCUCCCCUACAUUGGAGCUGUUGAAAGAACAUCUGCUGCUUCAUGAUGAGCAGCAAAGUGACCUCAUCCUCAUGUGCUCAGAGUGCCAGUUCACUUCAAACCAUCAAGAGGAGCUGGUGACACAUGUAAGACUCCACCUGGAGGAGAGCGAUCAUGCCAGACACAUCCUAGAUGAGCAAGGGGUCGCAUCAGCAAGGAGCGUUCACCAAAGGAUGGCAGUUUUGAAGGCAAGCAAAUUGGAUUCAGAGAAGACGUCCGCUCCCAAGAAGUGGUACAGCUUUGAGCAUGGCAGGUACCGUUGUCUCAUCUGCAACUAUGAAUGCAGACAACAACGCAAUCUGAAGACCCAUGCAUGGAAACAUGCUGGUCUGGUUGAUUGCUCAUACCCCAUAUUUGAAGACGAGAUGGACUGCCCUGGUACCUUACAAAGCUCCAGUCCUCCUUUGGUUCCAGCAGGUAAAGAGGAUACCAUAGUAGUCCUUGCAGCUGUUGGAGGAAAACCUCAGACCAUUCAUGGCUCCUCCAGCCUCCAGCUAGAGCUGUGUGAUACACAAGAAGUGAGGUGUCAUGAGGAGGAGGAAGCUUUGAAAACAGUGGAUACCAAACUCCCAAUGAUCAGUCAAGCGUUUUCUCUUAAAGACCCAGAGGAGCCCUUGGUGGAGGUCCAGGUGACACCAGAAGCCCAAAUGGAGCUGGAGUUGGAGACUGAGAGCCAACAGGCAAGCUCCGACAGCCUCCUGUCCUCUGCGCAGAAGAUUAUCAACUCCAGUGGCAACAGCUCCGGCCACGUCAACGUCAUCGUGGAACGCCUUCCCUGUGCCGAGGAACCGGUGUCCAGCAAACCUUUGCUCCUCAGCCCAGAAGUAGGAGGAGACAAGACCCUCCUUGCUUCUGAGGAGUCAGAGUUAGAGAGCCAGCACAUAUAUUACAAACAAAAGGAGGAGGUUGUGAUCGCCUGGAAUGGAGAAGAUCAACAACAAGAGGAUGAGACAGUGUCUUCAAGUUCUCCCUCAGAUGAAAACGUGCCACCGGUGCGCAGGAGAACUUACUCGGAGUCUCUUCGGCUGCAUUCUUUGGCAGCCGAGGCAUUGGUGGCCAUGCCCAUGAGGACCCCAGAGCUUAGCAGAACCGAUGCGAAAGGUAUCCAUGACCCGAGUACUCAAAGCCCUGACACGGGCCAGAGAAUUAUAGAGAUUGCUGACACCGCCAACCCCAAGGUGUUCUCAGGAGAGCUUGCGGCUGCAAUUGGAGAUCCAGGUGCUCUUCUCAACCUUGGCCUCCAGAGUUCAAAAGAGUCUCGAGAUGUGCUGGUCGAGGGACCCUCCAAAGCUGGAAUCAGCAUGUCUCUUUUGACUGUCAUCGAGCGACUGCAAGAGCGUUCUGACCAAAACACUUCAGACGAGGACAUUCUGAAGGAGUUGCAGGACAAUGCCCAAAGCCAACAUGGAGGGGGAGUGUCUGGGGGUGCUGCUGUGCCUGGCGACAUUUCCACUACAGACGAUCUGGUGGAAUAUAUUGCUGGGAGCGAAAAGCCCUACCGCUGUCGACUGUGCCUGUACAGCAGCGGAAACAAAGGUUACAUAAAGCAGCACCUACGUGUGCAUAGACAAAGAGAACCCUACCAAUGCCCCAUCUGUGAGCAUAUCGCCUGUGACAGUAAGGACCUAGAGAGUCACAUGAUCCACCACUUCAAGCCUCGCAUGUACAGCUGCAAACAGUGCACUGAAAGGUUCCACUACAAGAGUCAGCUGAGAAACCACGAGAGAGAUGGGCAUGGGAUAGACGACAUCAGCAGCACACUGACCCACGUCGCUGAAAGCACAGCAAUCAUUGAAGAGCCAGUCAAGAUAACAGAUGAGGAUUCGGUUGCUGAGCAGAGCGUUUUCAAAUGUGAUGUGUGCGACUACACCAGCUCCACGUAUGUUGGGGUGCGCAACCAUCGGCGAAUCCACAACUCUGAUAAACCAUACAGGUGCUGCAGCUGUGAUUUCGCCACAACUAAUAUGAAUAGCCUGAAGAGCCACAUGAAGAGACAUCCACAGGAACACCAAGCCAUGCAGCUGCUGGAGCAGUACAGGUGCUCUCUGUGUGGUUACGUGUGCAGCCACCCACCAUCUCUCAAAUCCCACAUGUGGAAACACGCAGGAGAUCAGAAUUACAACUAUGAGCAAGUCAACAAGGCUAUCAAUGAGGCCAUUUCCCAGAGCAGCCGUCUCCUACUACACCUCUGAAGUCAGCACAUGAGACUGGGGUGGAGCGUCCAUGUAUUGUCUUGAGCAGAAAAGACAAACAGUCACCUGAGGUGGCUUCUGCUACAGGCGGGCCAGAGGGCAACCCCGUGAGGUCGCAGGCCAGUGGAGCUGUGGCGUGGCGGAGCGGCUCGGGGCAGACACGGCCAGGUAUGGAAUACUGUGUGCUGCUCUUUUGCUGCUGUAUCUGUGGCUUCGAGUCCAGCAGUAAGGAGCAGCUGAUGGAGCACAUGAAGCAGCACGAGGGAGAUCUGAUCAGCAUCAUACUGAGCAAGGAGCAGCAGGGAAAUCAGCCCACAGAGACCAGCAGCAGCCAGUGACGCACACG